GUUUCUGAAGAACACAGAGGAUCAGACUGUGAAGGAUUCUUCAUUGUUCAGGUCACAGCUCAUCAUCUAAGAUGCUCCGCAACGUCUUUCUUAUCACCUUGCUCAUAUGCUCAGCCUGUGCAGUUCACUGGGAGAUUCGUGAAGUUGCCUCCUCCGACGAUGUCGAUGAGAUGCCUGCUGACCGUAUGACAGGACGAAAGCCUGGUGUUUGCUGGGUGUGUAAAUGGGUGGUGAAAAAGGUGAAAAAAUCUAUCUCCACGACCUCAACACCGGAUGAAAUAAAAAACAAGUUGCUUGACGCCUGUGAUCAAAGUGGUUUUUUGAAAGCCCAGUGCAAGAGUUUGGUUAGUAAGGAUUCAAGCACUUUAGUCGAAGAGAUCAGCACCAGUGACGAUCCAAACACCAUCUGCACCAACUUAAACGUCUGCACGUCAAAACCACCACCCAGGAAGGACUUCAUUCUUUCAUCUGAUCGGGGGUUUUACAAUCUCUGAAUGUGUCCAAGUUACACUCACAUAAAAGCAUAUAUACUGUAAAAUAUGCUGUAUAAAACAUAUGCAUGAAAU